AUGCCUCAUAGCCAGUCAUCACUAGAUCCAGAAUGGCCUCCUGGGACGGUGCGGAUUGAAGAUCUUUCACAGACGGGCGAUACUGCGGAAGUAAUCUUACAGCCGAAGCCUACCAGAGACCCCAACGAUCCACUGAAUUGGCCAAUGUGGCGCAAGAAUCUCAACUUCGGCCUAGUAUGCUACUAUGUCAUCAUGGUCCUCGCACUAAUCGACGUGGCAACAGUUACCUGGGGACCUGUCAACCUAGAACUGGGCUUCAGCUAUGCCAUCUUAAACGACAGCUAUGCAGCAGGAUGCGGCGCCCUCUGUGUCGGAGGACUUUUCCUCGUACCCUUCACGUUGAAGUACGGUCGCCGACCGAUCUACGUAUUCAGCAUGGCCAUACAAUGUGGAAUUAGUGUUUGGUCCGCGAGAAUGGAAAACAUCGCCGACCUGAUGCUGGUCAAUAUUCUCAGUUGUAUUGUUGGAGCACUCGCCGAAGUCCUGGUUCAAAUGACCGUUGCUGAUGUUUAUUACGUUCAUCAGCGAGGUCUAACCAAUACCAUUUACUUCUGGUUCAUGAAUGUCGGUACCACGCUGGCGCCUCUGGCCGGAGGCUUUAUCACUCAAUCUCAGGGGUGGCGAUGGGUUUGGUGGUGGAUGGCUAUUCUCUUUGGUGUGGGACUUGUUUCAUUUGUGUUUCUUUAUGAAGAGACCAUGUUUGAUGCAUCUCAUAUUGAGGGUGUUCCUGUUCCUGAGAGGCGGGACUCUAAGCCUGCACCUGUUAAAGAGGACAUCGAGCCAUCGGCUUUAGAGAAGUCCAUGUCAAUGCAAGACGGUCACUCUUAUGAAGCCGUGGAGAUUGACUAUUCAAUUCCCGUGAAGGGCUACUGGAAGAAACUAGCACUGUGGACGAACUCCCCGGUGCCAUUCUCCGAGGUUGCAAAGCACUGCUAUCAACCCUUUCUAAUUCUCUUCACCUUCCCAGGUGUCUUCUUUAUGGCACUCGUCUAUGGACUGAUGACAGCCUGUACGACAGUCCCAGUGACAACGCUUUCAUCGGUGAUGACGCUGCCGCCAUACAAUUUCGGCGCUUCUCAGAUUGGCCUUAUGGGGUUGCCUCCAUUCAUCGGUACCACAUUGGGUGCUUUGAUCUGUGGACCGUUAAGUGACUGGAUUGCCCUAUACCUCGCAAAGAGGAAUGGCGGCGUCUUCGAACCGGAGAUGCGACUUUGGUUGGCCCUCGCCUUUACACCAUUAGUCCCGGCGGGUCUGUUCAUGUUCGGCAUUGGACUGAAUAACGGCUGUCAUUGGCUUCUGCCGGCAUUUGGACUGGGAGUCAGCUCUGUGGGUGUUGUGCCGGCUAGCAGUGCUGCACUUACUUAUCUGACUGAUUCGUAUACUGAGAUUAUUGCUGACUCGGUCGUUGGUGUCACUUUCAUUCGUAAUCUCAUCUCUACAAUCUUCGUUUUCGCCCUACAACCCUGGUGCAAUCGAGUUGGACUGACAUGGUUCUAUGUAACAUUUGGAUUGAUUGUCACUGUUUGCCUCGUGGGUAAUUUGCUGUUUAUCUACUAUGGAAAGAUGUUCCGUGCCAAGCUUGCCGGUUCAUAUAACCAUUAUAGCCAGAAACAAUUAGGGUCCAGGUCGAAUUAA